AUUUAGCGAAACUCCCACUUUACUUACGCCAUCCCGUUCCCAAAAUUUAAAUUUGAAUUGAAAUAUUGAAGAUGCAGGAGAGUUCGAGAGACUCGGAAUCAGCAGCAAUGGUGAUAGAAACCCUAAGAAGAAAGGGUUGGUAUUUGGAAGAAACCGAUGAUUUAAAGGCAAUAAUCGUCAUUCAAACCGCACUAGCCGAUGACCCUUCCAAGGUGUUUGAGUCUGUCGAAUCGGAACUUCUCAAUUCCGACCUCAAAUCCAUCGGAGCCAAGUCCUUACCCGAACCAUCUCUUCUUCGUACCACUUCUUAUCUCCAUGGACCCAAAGUUCUUCAGAUAUCUUCAGUGAGGGACAUAUCUAUGAGCAGUGUGGAUAAUAUUUCAAGAAAUUCAAGUGGUCGGAGACUUCUAAGACUGUGUCUCACGGAUGGUCACUCGGAGAUAACUGCCGUUGAAUACACUCAUAUUCCAUUUUUACCUGACAAUGUUGUUCCUGGUACUAAGAUUCGUUUGGAAAAUAAAGUUCCAGUUCAUAGUGGUAUAGCUUGCUUAAAUCCUAAAGCAUUGACUGUAUUAGGAGGUGUUGUUCAAUCACUAUAUGAAGAAUGGCAAAUGAACCAAAAAUAUUCAGGAUUUUCUCGGUCAUCUAUAAGGAAGCUAGAGGAUCGUGAUUCAGGUGGUCCUCCUCCAUUUGUGAAGCUGCAGGUUGGAUCUACCACAGGUUAUGCAGAUUAUAACUCUAGAAGUGGCAAGCCCAUUGCUGGAGCUAGUAGAGCUGAGAUGAGGCCAACUGAUAUCCAGCAAGACCGAAAUCGGAAAGAAGAUCUCUUGGACGCAAAUCUAAAAUCCAAACCGCCUCCAGAACGAGCUGAAGGCAAACUUAGUAGUUCAGAGUUAAGGCCAAAAGAAAGAGCUGAAGACAAACCUAGUAGUUCGGGGACAAGGCCAAAAGAAGUUGUGGAGUCUGUUCCUGUACAAAAUCAAGCAGCUGCACAAAAAUUACUUCAGAAACUGAAUCAACCAUAUCAGCGUGGUCGACAUCCUAGGGGUCGAGGACGUAGGGGAAAGGGUCAAGAAGAGGAUGAAGUUGUAUUUACUCUGGAAGAAUAUGAAAAAAGAAAGGCCCAAGUAAAACCUUCUAAUAAUGACGAGGUUCUAGAUAUUAGCCGUGAUGAGGAUCUUGCUUGGCAGCUUCAGAAUCAAUUUAACCUCGAACAUUCCCAGGUACAAAGGGGUCCUCAGGAAUCUGAAGCGGAGAACAUUCGAAUGAGCAUGUUCACAUACGAAAAGGAUUCUGAUGAUAGCUAUCAAAUGGGAAGAGGAGGAAGAGGUAGAGGAAGGGGUAGAGGUAGGGGAAGGGGUAGAGGAAGGGGGAGGGGAAGAUGAAGUUAACAUUAUUGUGUGUCUUGGAUAUUUUUCUUCCUUUUAUUUUCAAAAUUGAUCUUUUUUUGAUACUGAAGUAGAAUUCAUUGAUAUGUUAGUCUUAUCUCUUUUCAUCAACCUUUAUGUAGAUAUGCUUAACAUGUCAUCACCCAAUAUCUCUAUUUUCUUUUGUAUACGAAUUUCAGUAUCUCGAUUACUCAGGGAUUGUUCAAACAAUUAUUUAGGGAAGAAAAUCGCAUAAUUUGGUGAGGGUUUAUGCUGUGAUGAAGUGAAUGCAUGAUUGAUUGAUUGAA